UGCGUCCGUGCGGGAGUGUCCAAGAAAGUCGGGUGUACGGCAAACGAGAAUGAUAAGCGAGUGACAAGUGUGGUGGAAUUGCUUAGGUUGUGGAUAAUGUAGGUCGGAUAUAUGAAUUUGUUUGGGUUUCAUGUUGGAUACUUGUGACUUAACACUGAUGUUCGUUUAAAUUAUUGAUAUUCGCUAACGAAGGCAUUAAAACUGUCUUCAUCAAAUUGUGAAUCUGUAAUUAAGUGGUUAUUGCAUAUUCGAGCGCGUCGCAAUGGCUGAGGCCGCAGGUGCCGCCAGCACCAACCCCAACGCUGAGAUUGUGAGGGGCCAAGUCUUUGAAGUCGGUCCCAGAUAUACCAACUUACAGUAUAUCGGAGAAGGAGCAUAUGGCAUGGUUGUAUCCGCCUUCGAUAACGUCAAAGUAACAAAAGUGGCCAUCAAGAAAAUAUCACCGUUCGAACACCAGACAUAUUGCCAAAGGACGCUCAGGGAGAUAAAAAUCCUGACCCGAUUUAAGCAUGAGAACAUCAUCGACAUUCGGGACAUUUUAAGAGCAGAGACUAUCGACCAAAUGAAGGAUGUCUAUAUCGUUCAAUGUUUAAUGGAAACCGAUCUAUACAAACUGUUAAAAACGCAGAAAUUGAGCAACGAUCACAUCUGUUACUUCCUGUACCAAAUCCUGCGAGGUCUGAAAUACAUCCACUCGGCGAAUGUGCUCCACAGGGACCUCAAGCCCUCCAAUCUAUUACUCAACACCACCUGUGAUUUGAAGAUAUGUGACUUCGGUCUGGCGCGCGUUGCGGAUCCUGACCACGACCACACCGGCUUCCUGACAGAGUAUGUCGCCACGCGCUGGUACCGGGCGCCAGAGAUUAUGCUCAACUCUAAGGGUUAUACGAAAUCAAUCGACAUCUGGUCAGUGGGGUGCAUCCUGGCGGAGAUGCUGUCCAACCGGCCCAUCUUCCCUGGCAAGCAUUACCUCGACCAGCUCAACCACAUCCUCGGUGUGCUCGGCUCACCCAGCCAGGAGGACCUCGACUGCAUCAUCAAUGAGAAGGCGCGUGGAUAUAUGGAGUCUCUGCCGUACAAGCCGCGCGUGCCGUGGGCAGAACUCUUCCCCGGAGCAGAUCCUCGUGCGCUGGACUUGCUGCACCGCAUGCUCACCUUCAACCCGCACAAGCGCAUCACCGUCGAAGAAGCGCUCGCACACCCCUACCUCGAGCAGUACUAUGACCCCAAUGACGAGCCUGUGUCUGAGGAACCUUUCCGGUUCGCGAUGGAAUUAGACAAUUUACCGAAGGAGACUCUCAAGAAAUACAUCUUCGAGGAAACUUUACUGUUCAAGUUACAGAACGAGGGCGCAUAAACCAAACAUAAUUAAAAGUCUAUUUCCACUUAGUAAAUAGUUACGCGAUUGCAACCGUUAAUUUGGCAAUGUAGUUACAACUACGCCAGUGGAAAUAUGGCGCGUGACUUCAUACAAAUAGCUACCGGUUAAAGUCGCGCGACUAACAGCUAAGUGGAAAUGGGAUUUAAGACCUGUCCAUAGACAUUGUGAUGUCACGGACACAUGUUUCAUCUAACCUUUUUUUUUCAGUCUUUAGUCUAUAGUUUCCGUGUACAUUAUUUGAAUGAUUUUUUUAAUCUACAUUUGCAAACUGUUUGUUUUUUUAAAUUGAGUU